AUGUGGUCCGCAUGGAAGCGUGGAGGACUGUGGGAGAUUGGGACCGUGGGGAAGCAGAGGGCAUUUCUUGCGAGGGGUCAAAUCAAGAGGAACAGGGUGUACGCCACAGCAAAGAGGCCGGUAAGAGCGAAAAGCGUGGUGAAAAAGACGGUGAAGGUCGUGGAGAUCGACCUAGACGAGUCGGACGACGAGAAUAGGGGCGUGUCCGAGGAGAUUACAAAGGGCAAGACGAGCCCAGAGACGGCAGUACAGAGCAAGCCCGCUAGUGUGGAGAAGCCUGUGGUGGAGUCCCAAGAGUUGGGAAGAUAUCAAACGACAGUGCAACGGGGGCCCGCCGAGUGGUAUCGGGCAAAUGUUGGAGCAGCAACGGAAAACGUGGGAGCCAAAGAUUUGGAGCACGGAGUGGAGCAAACGUCGUUGGAGAUGAGCGACGCAGUGCGCUACCAAGAGAGCGGAGGUGGCGAGAGUGGAGGCGUGUGGGUGACACCAAAGGCGAAAAAGACAGUCCGCAAGAGGAGCGGGAUGACUUAG